UUUGUGCUGGCAGUGUUUGUGAGGAGAGAAAGAGAAAGCUGCUGAUCAGCAGAUCUGCUGCCUGUCUGUCGCUCUGCGGGUUUUAUUUUCCUCCUCUCCUCUGUUUCCUCUUCCUCCACUCCAGCAGCGAUGCCUCCGCCGCGCCUGGCCGGCCUCGGCGCUCUGUCUGCGGGCUGGCAGUAGAUCGGCGGCUCGGUGCAGUCUCUGGCCGGCCGCGGCGCUCUGUCUGCGGGCUGGCAAUAGAUCGGCGGCUCGGUGCAGUUUCUCCAUCAUGGUGCAGAAGUCCCGGAACGGCGGGGUGUUCCCCGGAGCGCAGGCCGACCAGAAGAAGCUGAAGGUCGGCUUCGUGGGUCUAGAGGCCGGGGGGAGCGAGUCCACCAGGGAUGGAGCCCUGCUCAUAGCAGGUGGGGAGGAAGGUCCUCGGCGGCAGCGCAGCAGUGUCUCCGGAGUAAAGAAACCUCCGAAGAGAAACGCCGUCUACAGACGACUGCAGAACUUCUUGUACAACGUCUUGGAGAGACCGCGAGGAUGGGCCUUCAUCUACCACGCCUAUGUAUUCCUGUUGGUGUUCUCCUGUCUGGUUCUGUCUGUGUUCUCCACCAUCAGAGAGUACGAGAAGAGUUCGGAGGACGCUCUCUACAUUCUGGAAGUGGUGACCAUCGUGGUGUUCGGGGUGGAGUACAUGGUGAGGAUCUGGGCUGCAGGCUGCUGCUGCCGCUACAGAGGAUGGAGAGGAAGACUCAAAUUUGCCAGAAAACCUUUCUGUGUCAUCGACAUCAUGGUGCUGAUAGCGUCCAUCUCAGUAUUGGCUGCAGGGACUCAGGGAAACGUCUUCGCCACUUCAGCCAUCAGGUCGCUCCGCUUCCUUCAGAUUCUGAGGAUGAUCCGGAUGGACCGGCGGGGAGGGACCUGGAAACUGCUGGGGUCAGUCGUCUACGCCCACAGCAAGGAGUUGAUCACUGCGUGGUAUAUCGGCUUCCUUUGUCUCAUUCUGGCCAGUUUCCUUGUUUAUUUGGCAGAAAAAGAGGACAAUGAACAGUUUGAGACGUAUGCAGACGCCCUCUGGUGGGGACUGAUCACCUUAACAACCAUCGGAUACGGAGACAAGUUCCCAAUCACCUGGAAUGGACGACUGCUGGCUGCUACCUUCACUCUGAUCGGAGUUUCUUUCUUCGCUCUGCCCGCUGGGAUCCUGGGUUCUGGUUUUGCCCUGAAGGUUCAGGAGCAGCACCGACAGAAACACUUUGAGAAGAGAAGAAACCCGGCGGCUGGACUCAUCCAGGCAGCGUGGAGGGUUUACGCCACAAAUCUGAGCCGAACUGAUCUGAAUUCUACCUGGGACUAUUAUGAGAGGACUGUCUCAGUCCCCAUGUACAGGUUGAUUCCUCCUCUCAAUCAGCUGGAUUUACUGAGGAACCUCAAGAACAAAUCAGGACUUUCAUUCAGGAAGGAUGCCCAGCCUGAACAGUCCCCCAGUCAGAAGGUCAGUCUGAAGGAGAGGGUCUUCUCGUCUCCCCGGAGUUCAGGAACCAAAGGGAAAGGUUCCCCUCAGCACGGGACUCCCACAGUUGGAUCCGGUGGUACUCCUGGUGUUGGUCCUGGAGGUCCUGGAGUCCUGGGGAAUGUCCAGGCCUUGCGACGGUCCCCCAGCUUGGAGCCCAGUCUGGAGGACAGUCCCAGCAAGGUUCCAAAGAGCUGGAGCUUCGGAGAACGUAGCAGAACCCGACAGGCCUUCAGGAUCCGAGGAGCUGCCUCCCGCCAAAACUCUGAAGUGCUGAUAGAGAUGCAGGACGAAGAGUUCAGACAGAAGAGCUCCCCAGACGCCAGCCUGCCAGGAGAAGACAUGGCCGAUGACAACAAGAGCUGCCACUGCGAGUUUGUCCCACAGGAUCUGACCCCGGGGUUAAAGGUCACCAUCAGGGCUAUCUGUAUAAUGCGAUUCAUGGUGUCUAAGAGGAAGUUUAAGGAGAGUCUUCGUCCCUAUGAUGUAAUGGACGUGAUUGAACAGUAUUCAGCCGGACACCUGGACAUGCUUGCCCGCAUCAAGAACCUCCAGUCCAGGGUGGAUCAGAUAGUUGGCAGAGGGACACCAAUCGCAGACAAGGACCGUCCCAAAACAGCCAACGAGGAGCUUCCUGAGGACCCAAGCAUGAUGGGACGGUUGGGGAAGGUGGAGAAGCAGGUCCUCUCCAUGGAGAGAAAGUUGGACUUUCUGGUAAACAUCUACAUCCAGCGAAUGGGAAUCCCUCAGGCUGAGACCGACGCCUACUUUGGACCCAAGGAGCCGGAGCCGGCCCCGCCCUACCAGAGUCCAGUGGACCAACUGCAGAAGAGCCAGUCCAUCUCCAAGAUCCCCCAGGUGUUGCCUGGCGACCACAUUGAGAAGAGUCGUUUUGGGACAAAGAUGGUCCGCUCCAGCAGCUCCACCGGACACAAGAACUACAGCGCUCCCACCUGCCCGCCCUCAACCUCCUGGCAACCCAUCAGCUCCCAGCUACAACAGCAGGCCCCGCCCCAGCAUAGCCAUGGCAACACUCCAAGUCCAGUGGGGGACGGGUCACUGGUUCGACUCCCGCCUCCUCCGGCCGGAGAGAGACAUGGCGGGAACCGAUCGAGCCGGCACAGUGCUGGAGAGAGAGGGGCGGCGGAGCCUCCAGAGAGGGGGGGAGGAGGAGGUGGGGGGGAGGGGAAGCUGGACAGCAACGUCUCCAUCUCCAUCCCAUCUGUCGACCACGAGGAGCUGGUGCGCUCCUUCAGCGGCUUCUCCCUCUCCCAGUCCCGAGAGAACCUGGACUUCCUCAACAAUGGCUUCUACUCCGCCAACCGGGGAGGUGGCGCCGCCCGUUGCGCUACUGUCCGGCCGUACAUUGCAGAGGGCGAGUCGGACUCCGAUUCGGAGCUCUGCGCUCCCUCGCCGCACUCCGACCAGGCCUGGACCGGAACCAAGUAGAGCCGAACCAGCAUAGCAAUUCAAACGACGAAUAUGGAUUUAAACUAAGAAACUGAGACUUUAAACACCAGCUGGAGUUACAGAAUCAAGCAUCAUGGGCACUGUAGUCUCACAGACAUAUCUCCACAUCCCUGUAGUAUGGUCUGGCCGCACCGCUCAUCUAUUCUGGGAUAGGGCUUACACAUUCUGGCUUGUUGGUAUUUCUUUAACACAGUGGUUCCUAACCUUUCUGGUCUGAGGUUCCCCAGCAGUCCUGUCAGAAAAACUCACAUACCCCUUCAUUCAUUCACAAUGUUUGUUUCAAAUGUUUAACACUAUUUGUUAUAUAAAAGUGGAUAUUGUUAGCCUGGGAAAACCCUGAUGAACUUCUGGCAAAUUUGAGAUUUGC